GUUUCCACUCAGCUCAGACAAGCAGGGAAACUUCUCUCCUGCUUUUAUUCUUCGGCUCUGGCUUAGAUUCUUAUUUAAUUUAUUAAUGCCAGAGGAAGGAUCCCUUGCAACUUUAAGGAUACUUGUCUCAUCUGGACAGACCAGACCGCUUUGGACAGCUGAGAAUAAUGUGAUGCCGUACGCUGCGCCUCUUGAGCAGGGAUGACCGAAAUCUUCGGUACCCACCCUCCUCCUCCCACUCUCCGUCAGCUUUCUCCUGAGCCUCUGCGUUCACACUUUUCCCCAAGACCCCUCCGGCACGCAAGGGUCAAGUCAGCAGGAUUUCUCAUCCACACAAUCUCUCUCCAACUGUGUUGUGAGCCUGUUCCUCAGCACCAUACUUGAGGAGAAAGGCUUCCCAAGCAAAACAAAGGGAUUAAAAAUGAACUUUGCUCUCACCAGGAGACACGGUCUUCCCUUAAACAGAAGACUGUGAGAUCUGAUGAAAGUCAACUGAGGGCUUAGUGGAAAUGACAAACCUGGUAUUAAAGACUCCUGCGAUACUUGGAUGCCAAUAACCAGGAGAAGGCCAUGGAAGGAGAAAACAUGAACUCCACAGUAAAUACCAGCACGAUGGAUAUCCACCUGGUCACCCACAGUCUCUGGGAGGUGAUCACCAUUGCAACUGUCUCGGCUAUAGUCAGCCUCAUUACCAUUGUGGGGAAUGUUCUAGUAAUGGUCUCCUUUAAAGUCAACAGCCAGCUGAAGACAGUGAACAAUUACUACCUGCUGAGUCUGGCAGCUGCAGAUCUCAUCAUAGGUGUUUUCUCCAUGAAUCUAUACACCUCUUACAUACUGAUGGGUUACUGGGCCUUGGGAAACCUCGCCUGUGACUUGUGGUUGGCAUUGGACUACGUAGCUAGCAAUGCCUCAGUCAUGAACCUGCUGGUGAUCAGUUUUGACAGAUAUUUCUCCAUCACCAGGCCUCUAACUUACAGGGCCAAACGGACUCCUAAACGAGCUGGGAUCAUGAUAGGUUUAGCGUGGCUAGUGUCACUUGUUCUGUGGGCCCCGCCUAUUCUCUGCUGGCAGUACUUUGUUGGAAAGAGGACUGUACCCGAGAGGCAAUGCCAAAUCCAGUUUUUCUCUGAGCCUGUAAUUACUUUUGGGACAGCUAUUGCAGCCUUUUACGUCCCUGUAUCUGUCAUGACAAUCCUCUACUGCAGAAUCUACAAGGAGACAGAAAAGAGGACCAAAGAUCUUGCAGAGCUUCAAGGGAUUAACUGUUCUACAGAGUCUGGGGUGGCUCAGCCUCAGAAAACCAUCAUCAGAUCUUGUUUUAGCUGUAAACUAAGUUCAGCAUCACAAGACAGGAACCAGGCCUCGUGGUCCUCCUCCACCAGGAGCAACGCGGUCAAAUCAGCGGCCACCACCAGCGAUGAGUGGUCCAAAGCUGGUCAGCUGACCACCUUUAACAGCUACGCCUCCUCUGAGGACGAGGACAGGCCAGUGUCUCCAGGAGGCUUCCAGACCUCUUUUGGGAACCAGGCUUGCAAAGCCACCAAGAGUGGAGUAUGCAGCGAGAGCGAGCAGCUCAGCAGCUACGAUGAAGAGAGUUUCUUUCAGACGCCACCCAAAAGCAACUCCCAGAAGAGCAGCAAGUGUGUGUCCUACAAGUUUAAACCAGUGACCAAGGAAAGUCACACGGAGCACCAAAGCAGAAACGGAGACACGAAAAUCACGUCGCCAACAUUCUCCUCGGCCGAGUCCAUGAGCGUUCCGUCCACCUCCACCAUGUCCAAGCCCAUAGACACAACGCUGAAGAGCCAGAUCACCAAGAGAAAAAGGAUGGUGCUGAUCAAGGAAAGAAAGGCAGCUCAAACUCUCAGCGCCAUCCUGCUGGCCUUCAUCUUAACAUGGACUCCUUAUAACAUCAUGGUGCUGAUUUCUACCUUCUGCUCUCAAUGCAUCCCCGUCUCCCUCUGGCACCUGGGCUACUGGCUGUGCUACGUCAACAGCACCGUCAAUCCCAUGUGCUACGCCCUUUGCAACAAGACCUUCCAAAAGACCUUCCGCAUGCUCUUACUCUGCCAGUGGAAAAAGAAAAGGAUUGAAGAGAAACUAUACUGGUAUGGACAAAACCCUGUGGUCAGCUCUAAAAUGACAUGAAGAAGUUGUGAGACAGUGGCUGUAAAU